AUGUGCAUCAUGGCUUGCAACCGAUCCAAUGAGAUCCCUAAUCUCUCUAUGGAUGAAGGGACCUACCUCAGCCAACAACUGAGUCUCAGUCCUCAGUCUCGGCCAGUCGAUUUGUUCAAACCUGACCCCCUCGCCGCCAACUGGACUUACGAUAGUGCCAUCGACCUCUUUGCCCUCAACCCCAAUGACAUGGAGGCCAUGCCCUUCGACUUUGCCGAUGGCAUGAACGAUCUCGACUCCAAGGAUCUCUUUGUUGAUCCGUUUGCUGGAUCACCGGAGAUCAGCGGCUUCUCCAUGCCGAUGCCCGAAGACAGCGGCUCGCUCUCAUCAGAAGUUGAGAGUGACGAUCAAUCAUGGCCAUCCAGUGCCGCCCGCCCAUCAAUGGACUCCUCCGCCUUUGAGAUCCAAUCACCAACCCAAGCCUGCGACCCAACCUACCAGCCCCAACCCCAGAAGAGCCGCACCUCAUCAAGAUGGUCCUCGAGCCCUGAUAUCAAAGCACAGGAUAUUGAGACACCCCAACCAUCUAAGCCCACCUCCACAUCGAGCCGCAAGACCCGCAGUUUCUCCCGAGACUCGAACCGCUCCUCAGGCAGCCAAGACCCGCAGAUGCGGAACGCCGCCAAGCGCGCCGCCCACAACAUCAUCGAGAAGCGCUACCGCACAAACAUGAACGCCAAAUUCGUCUCCCUAGAGCAAGCCAUCUCCCCAGCCGGCGUGCAAAAACACACCCCCAAGGUCGGAGCUGGCUCUCUCAAGAAAUCAGAGAUCCUCUCCAACGCUCUCUCCUACAUCGACGGCAUCCAGCAGGAAAACCAAGCCCUGCACAAGGAGCUGGCCAUGCUCAAGCAGAAUAUGUUACCGGGCGGUAUGUGGCGCCAACCCAAACACCCCCGAGCAUGA